UGAGCCCAUAACGCCAUGCAGAUAUGGGAGAUGACUGCUUUAAAAGAGAAAUCUCUGUUUUCUAGACAGACGAUGUCACAGUCAUCUGACUCAGGGAGUGGGAGUGAUGAUGGGACAAUCCCAGAAGACAAUGGUUUUUCUUCCCCCAAUCCCUCAGCUGCUGCUGCUGCUCAGGAGGUCAGAUCUGCCACUGAUGGUAAUACCAGCACCACUCCGCCCACCUCUGCCAAGAAGAGAAAGUUAAACAGCAGUAGCAGCAGCAGCAGUAACAGUAGUAACGAGAGAGAAGACUUUGAUUCCACCUCUUCUUCCUCUUCCACUCCUCCUUUACAACCCAGGGAUUCGGCAUCCCCUUCAACCUCGUCCUUCUGCUUGGGGGUUUCAGUGGCUGCUUCCAGCCACGUUCCAAUACAGAAGAAGCUGCGUUUUGAAGACACCCUGGAGUUUGUAGGGUUUGAUGCUAAGAUGGCUGAGGAAUCCUCCUCCUCCUCCUCCUCCUCAUCUUCACCAACCGCUGCAACAUCUCAGCAGCAACAACUUAAACAUAAGAGUAUAUUAAUCUCUUCCGUGGCUUCGGUGCAUCAUGCAAACGGCCUAGCCAAAUCUUCUACCACCGUCUCUAGCUUUGCUAACAGCAAGCCUGGCUCUGCUAAGAAGUUAGUGAUCAAGAACUUUAAAGAUAAGCCUAAAUUACCAGAAAACUACACAGAUGAAACAUGGCAGAAACUGAAAGAAGCAGUGGAAGCUAUCCAGAAUAGCACUUCGAUUAAGUACAAUUUAGAAGAACUCUACCAGGCUGUAGAAAAUCUCUGUUCUUACAAGAUUUCUGCAAACUUGUACAAACAGCUAAGACAGAUUUGUGAAGAUCACAUCAAAGCUCAGAUUCAUCAGUUCAGAGAGGGUUCAUUGGAUAGUGUUCUUUUUCUAAAGAAGAUCGAUAAAUGCUGGCAGAAUCAUUGCAGACAAAUGAUCAUGAUCAGGAGCAUUUUUUUGUUCCUGGAUAGAACUUACGUUCUUCAGAAUUCCAUGCUACCCUCCAUUUGGGACAUGGGCCUGGAGUUGUUUAGAGCUCAUAUUAUAAGUGAUCAGAAAGUCCAGAAUAAGACUAUUGAUGGCAUUCUUCUCUUGAUUGAGAGGGAAAGGAAUGGUGAAGCAAUUGAUAGAAGUUUACUCCGAAGUCUUUUAAGCAUGCUGUCUGAUUUGCAAAUUUAUCAAGAUUCUUUUGAACAACGAUUUUUGGAAGAAACUAACCGACUCUAUGCAGCUGAAGGCCAAAAAUUAAUGCAAGAAAGAGAGGUUCCUGAAUAUCUUCAUCAUGUUAACAAACGUCUAGAAGAAGAAGCAGACAGACUUAUUACUUACUUAGAUCAGACCACUCAGAAGUCAUUAAUUGCUACUGUAGAAAAACAACUUCUAGGUGAACACUUAACGGCAAUUCUUCAAAAAGGUUUGAAUAACCUCCUCGAUGAAAACCGAAUCCAGGAUUUAUCUCUCCUGUAUCAGCUCUUCAGUAGAGUUCGAGGUGGAGUUCAGGUUCUCUUGCAACAGUGGAUUGAAUACAUCAAGGCAUUUGGCAGCACUAUUGUAAUUAAUCCUGAAAAAGAUAAAACCAUGGUUCAGGAAUUGCUGGAUUUUAAAGAUAAGGUUGACCAUAUAAUUGAUAUCUGCUUUCUGAAAAAUGAAAAAUUUAUUAAUGCCAUGAAAGAAGCAUUUGAAACAUUCAUUAACAAAAGACCGAACAAACCUGCUGAACUUAUAGCUAAGUAUGUAGAUUCAAAGCUUCGUGCAGGCAACAAAGAAGCUACAGAUGAAGAACUUGAAAAAAUGUUGGAUAAAAUUAUGAUCAUAUUUAGAUUUAUCUAUGGCAAGGAUGUUUUUGAGGCCUUUUAUAAGAAAGAUUUAGCCAAGCGCCUGCUAGUUGGGAAGAGUGCUUCUGUAGAUGCUGAAAAAUCGAUGCUGUCCAAGCUUAAACAUGAAUGCGGAGCUGCUUUCACCAGCAAACUUGAAGGAAUGUUUAAAGACAUGGAACUUUCUAAAGACAUCAUGAUUCAGUUCAAACAGGUAAAAUAUAUGCAGAACCAGAAUGUACCUGGGAAUAUUGAAUUAACUGUGAAUAUCCUAACAAUGGGUUAUUGGCCGACAUAUGUGCCUAUGGAAGUCCAUUUACCACCAGAGAUGGUAAAACUUCAGGAGAUUUUCAAGACGUUUUACCUAGGCAAACAUAGUGGCCGGAAACUUCAGUGGCAAUCAACUCUAGGGCAUUGUGUGCUAAAAGCAGAAUUUAAAGAGGGUAAAAAAGAACUCCAGGUCUCUCUUUUUCAAACACUGGUGCUGCUAAUGUUUAAUGAGGGAGAGGAGUUCAGUUUAGAAGAGAUCAAGCACGCUACCGGAAUAGAGGAUGGAGAGUUAAGGAGAACUCUGCAGUCAUUGGCUUGUGGCAAAGCUAGAGUUCUGGCAAAAAAUCCAAAGGGCAAAGAUAUUGAAGAUGGUGACAAGUUCAUUUGUAAUGAUGAUUUCAAACACAAACUUUUCAGAAUAAAGAUCAAUCAAAUCCAGAUGAAAGAAACGGUUGAGGAACAAGCAAGUACUACAGAAAGAGUAUUUCAAGACAGACAGUAUCAAAUUGAUGCUGCGAUUGUUCGAAUUAUGAAAAUGAGAAAGACGCUUAGCCACAAUCUUCUUGUUUCAGAAGUGUACAACCAGUUGAAAUUUCCUGUAAAGCCUGCUGAUCUGAAGAAGAGAAUAGAAUCCUUAAUUGACAGGGACUACAUGGAAAGAGAUAAAGAAAAUCCAAACCAGUACAACUAUAUUGCAUAAAAUGUUGGCCGUGGAGCAUUUGAUGUCAUAUGCAUUAGCCAAUUGGAUAAACUAACCUGUUGAAUCCUA